GUCACAGUCACAGUCACACUCUCUAAUCUCUAUCUCAGUUCUUAAAGUGACGGUCCACCCACCACAGCCGACCCAUCUCAAUGCCCCUCCCCCAAUCACGCUUUUCCACGACACUACUACAUCCUCUACAGCACAGAUAACACAGACAACAAAGCGCAAUCAGAAUCUCUGUUAAUUAACCUCACUCGAACUCCUCCGGCGGCCCCCCCCUCCCCUCUCUCUCUCUCUCUCACUCUAUCUACAUCUCAUGUCUUGUCGCCGUCUACUGUCAACUCGCUGCGUUCUGGCUGACCUUAACUCGGUUCUUCUCGUUUAAGCUCGCGAGAUCACGAUUUUGUGUUAUGUUUUUUGUGGUCUAAGCUGAGUGACAGAGAGAUGUAUGUAGUGCCGCCACCUCAGCGAUCGGAUCCGAGAUCCACGGGCGGGUCGGGCGAUCUACGAGUCUAUCAAGAUUGGAAAGGAAGCAAUAUAUUUUUUCUUCAAGGGAGGUUUAUAUUUGGACCAGAUGUGAGAUCGCUGGGGUUGACUAUAUUUCUCAUUGUUGCUCCUGUUGCAGUUUUUUGUGUCUUUGUUGCUAAAAAAUUGAUGGAUGAUUAUUCUCAUCAUUGGGGAAUAUCAAUAAUGGUUGUUGCGGUAGUAUUCACUGUUUAUGAUUUACUUCUUCUUUUGUUGACAUCAGGAAGAGAUCCUGGUAUAAUUCCACGCAAUGCACACCCUCCAGAGCCAGAAGGCUUUGAUGGGAGUGUAGAUGUUGGGUCUGGCCAGACUCCACAGUUACGUUUGCCUCGUGUGAAGGAAGUGGAGGUCAAUGGGGUUGCAGUGAAAAUCAAAUAUUGUGAUACUUGCAUGCUUUAUAGACCUCCUCGCUGCUCACACUGCUCAAUUUGCAAUAACUGUGUGGAACGUUUUGAUCACCACUGCCCUUGGGUUGGGCAAUGUAUUGGGCUGAGGAAUUAUCGAUUUUUCUUCAUGUUUGUCUUCUCGACUACCCUUCUUUGUAUAUAUGUUUUCGCAUUUUGCUGGGUCUACAUUAGGAGGAUAAUGGAUUCAGAGGAGACAACAAUUUGGAGAGCCAUGAUCAAAACUCCUGCAUCAAUCGUUCUGAUAGUUUACACUUUCAUAUCUAUGUGGUUUGUCGGUGGCCUUACUGCCUUUCAUUUAUAUCUUAUUAGCACAAAUCAGACUACUUAUGAGAAUUUUAGAUAUCGAUAUGAUCGGAGAAUCAACCCCUAUAACAAAGGGGUGGUGGGAAACUUCAAAGAAAUAUUUUUCUCAAGCAUACCCUCAUCAAAGAACAAUUUCAGGGCAAAGGUGCUGAGGGAACCCGGGUUACCAAUACGACCAGCGGGUGGGGGUUUUAUGAGUCCAAAUAUUGGCAAAGCUGUGGAUGACAUUGAAGUGGGAAGGAAAACAGUGUGGGGAGAUAUUGGCCCUGGGGCUGAUCUCCCAGAAGGGCAACUCAACAACAAUGAUCGCGUAAAUGUUAAAGAUGGUGAACUGGCUGACUUAUCCCCAGACAUAAGGACCACGGUGGACGAAGGGGAUCGUGCUGGAAUACAUCCUAGGCGAUCUAGUUGGGGAAGAAAGAGUGGAAGCUGGGACAUGUCACCUGAAGUUCUUGCUUUGGCUGCUAGAGUUGGGGAAUCAAACCGUGCAGUUGGGAGUAGUAGUAAUGGCAGCAACUCGACAACUGAGAAUAGACAGACAUAGCCAGAGCCAUGACAGAAAAUACAUGCAGUUGGGAAGAGCUUUGUUUUGCCAGGAUGUUUGAUAAAUGUUGGUUUGGCCAUUUUGGUUGAUGUGUGUUGUAUUGUAUGAGUGAGCUUUCUUUGUUCUGAUUUUUGUAUUUGUGCAAUUAGUUAGAAUCUAAUUGUAUUGAAUAUGUGGAUCCAGUUACUCCUAUAAUCUAUCAAUUUAGUUAUUGGAGUGGGACAAAUGUUCGGUUGCCCUAAAUCUAGUUUGUCCCUUUUCCCAA